AUGUCCGAGCAAUAUGGGGGAGCUGUUCGAGUGCAUGCCUUGCUUGGGGAAGAGCAAUUGUAUGUCUCGGACCCUUGCACCCUCCAUCACAUUGUAGUCAAGGAGCAGCACAUAUAUGAUGAAACAGAUGUCUUCUUGAUGAUAAACGAUCUAAUUUUCAGUGAAGGCCUCAUCGCCACACAUGGAACCCAACACAAGAAGCAGAGAAAGAUGCUCAAUCCUGUGUUUUCCUUCACGAAUAUGCGACACCUGCUGUCAAUCAUCCAAUCAAUCACUGAUCAGCUGCUCGCUGUGCUGCUGACAGAAUUGCCACCCAACGGCAGAAAAGAAAUCAACGUCAUUCCUUGGAUGUCCCGCACUGCUAUGGAGUACAUAUGCCAAGCAGGCAUGGGCUACACCUUCAAUACAUUGGACGAUAUGCGUGAAACUGUGGGCACACUCGACAGCAUUAGCAAGACUAUCUAUGCAGAGAAGAAGGCUGCAGUAGAUGGGCAUGCCAUGAAGGGUGCACUCGAGGGUGAAGAUCUUGGUCUGCAGAUGAAAGGCCGGGAUAUCAUAAGCAUCUUGCUGAAGACCAAGCUCCUCAGACAGAUGAACACCAUCAUCUUUGCGGCAUUUGAGAUGACCACCGUCGCCAUUGCGUGCAUAUUCUACAUCCUCGUGACAUGCCCAGACAUGCAGGUGCACCUGCGCAGUGAACUGUGGGUGGUGAAGCAGGUGCAAGCAGUGGUCAGCGAAUGCUGGGAGGAUGUCAUGCUGCCGUACGAUGUGCUAAUGGGCUUGCCGUACCUCGACACGAUCAUGCAUGAAACAUUCCAUGUCUAUCUGCCAACGUUACUCAUGAGCUGCAUUGCCAGGCAGGUGAUGGUCCUCCUCCUCAAGCAACCUGUAUGUUCUGCAUCUGGUGAGCAGAUCUCAUCCAUACCCUUGCCUGAGGGUACAACGGUCAUCGUCUCCAUCCUCGCCAUGAACCACAACAAAGAGGUGUGGGGUGAGGACACAUCAGCAUGGCACCCAGAGUUUUGGCUCACUGCAUUGGAAGAUGAGGAUGAGGUCGAUGCUACUUCAGGAAAAGGGAAGAUCAAGUACCCUGGAGUCUAUGCAUCGAUGAUGACCUUCUUGGAAGGUGGACGUGCCUGCAUUGGAAGCAGCCUGAUGGCUAUAUUCACAGAGCAAGUCAUCGUGACUCUCGUACCUGCAUUGAGCCUCGAGCUUCCUUCAGAGGCUGACGAGAGUGGUAAUGUCAAGGAGAUAUACUGGAAGAUGAAUGGCUUACAGGUGCCAGUGGUCCGUCCACCCCUCGGUGAUGAUCGUAUGCCACAGGUGCCGUUGAUGAUCAGGAGAGUGGAAGAACAUGAUUUCCUUGAUGACUGA